UUCUCAUUACAAUUUCUAAACUCUCUUCUAAAACAUUUUCGUCUCUUCAGAUUUCGACGAAGAUCUCACCAUGGAAAACUUUAUAAGGGACCUCAAAAUCAAGACGCUCAUGGCUGAAGACUAUGGGACUCCCGUAGAAGAGGUAUUCGACAAAUGUGUGGAAGAUAUGACAGAGCAUUACCGGGCCAAGUUGUUUAUGCUCAAAAAACAACAGGAUGCGGAGUACAAGAAAUUUCAAGAGGAGCUUGAGGUGUGGCGCAUACAAGGCAAACUCGAACUCAUUAACGAUCUCUUCAACAAUGAUGCAUUGAAGGAAGAGAAAGAGAAGUUGGAGUCGGCGCUCGUGCUUGCCCAGGCGAAGGCAAGUGAUGUUUAUGUACCGAAGAUCGAUUGGUUCGUCCUCAACGAGCCACAGAUGUUUCGUCCAUGACCCAUCUCUUCAAUAAUAAUAUGUCUAAUGUUUUUUUAUGUCUUGGUUAUGUUUUUAUGAAGACAUUAUCUGGUUUUUUAAUCUUGGUUGAU